UGUUAAAUGACAAGUUCCUAUAAAUAACUUUAUAAAUAUAUUAUAAGGAAAAUGUAAUUGUUUGCAAGAGAAGUCAAGUUGACGCAGUCAAAAUGGUGGGUUUAACAGUUGCUGUCGUGAGCGCAAUAGCAGUUACAGGUGGUGGUGCUGCUCUAGUAGCAGGGGCUGGGGCUGGUGCUGGUUGUGGAGCCCUUGGGGCAGGUGCUGCUGAGGUUGCCACUAUUGGUUCUGCAAUUGGCUCUGGUAUGUCUGCAGGUGCAAUAGCUGGCGCUUCCGUUUCAACUGGUGGCACAGUAGCUGCAACAUACACCGGAGCAGGUAUUGGUGCUGUUGCUGGUGGCAUUUCUGGAGGUGCAGUUUCAGGCAGUGGACUUGGAAUAGGAUUACUUGCUGGAUCAACAGGUUUUGGAGCAAUACUCGUUGGUGCAAGUGAUGAUGUUGAUAGUCAUAUUGUGACAUAUGAUUGCUGGAAACCGGUUAUAAAAGAAAAAUCAAUGGUGCAAUCAAAGGGCAUAUUAAUGAAAGAUCUAUUGAACCAUCCAAAUGUUUCGGAAGUUACUGCAACUACGGGACAUCAUUCAGAUCUUCCUAACAUUGUCAUAAAAAAUAUUUGGGAUGAACUCUUUACAAUUGAGUAUCUUUGGUUACAUACAGCAGAUAAUAUUGUUUGCCAUGCAAAACCAGUUUCAUAGAAUCUCCUAUAGUGCCAUAUACGUGUUAUAAAAGACUUGUUUCUGACAUAAAAUACCAUAAAGACAUCAAUUGUGUAU